AUGGUGCACUACUCAAGGAAACCUCAGGUGAGCUCGAAGAGCGCCAAGGCGAAGGUCAGUGAUCUUCGCUGCCACUUCAAGAACACGUUUGAGACGGCGAACGUGAUCAACGGCAUGCCCCUUCGCAAGGCCCAAAAGCUCUACCGCCAGGUUCUCGCCAAGACCCGCUGCAUUCCCUUCAAGCGCUACAAUGGCAAGAUUGGCCGUACCGCGCAGGCCAAGGAGUGGGGGCAGACGAAGGGGCGCUGGCCACGCAAGUCGGUUGUGGCGAUGCUCUCACUGCUGAAGAACGCUGAGGCAAACGCCAUUGAGAAGGGUCUUGACCCCAACAAGAUGGUCAUCAAGCACGUGCAGGUGGAUGAGGCUGCCCGUAUGCGCCGCCGCACGUACCGUGCCCACGGCCGUAUCACGCCGUACAUGUGCAGUCCGUGCCAUGUGCAGCUCUUCAUGACACAGCCCCAGGAGCGCGUCCCUGUACCAAAGAGCCAGC